AUGCCUUCAUCUGAGCCAAAAGUUCUCGUAUUCGGAUCUAUCAACAUCGAUGACUUUUUCGCAGUACCGCAUAUAGUGCAAAGUGGAGAGACAUUACACAGUACUGGAUAUCAAAAGAGAGCCGGCGGAAAAGGAGCAAAUCAAUCUGUUGCCGUAGCCAAAGCAGCUAUAAAGAACGUCUAUCAUGCUGGGAAGAUUGGUAAAGAUGGUGAAUGGAUUAAGGAUUACAUGAUCUCUAUUGGUGUCAAUAUGGACAACGUGCACGUGUCCAAUUCGCAGCCGACGGGCAGAGCUGUCGUUCAAGUAUCAAAUGCGACCCAUGAUAACGCGAUCGUACUCCUUCCAGGUUCCAAUCAUCAAAUAACAUUACAAGAUGCUAAAAACGUACUGGGACAUUUCAACAGAGGAGACUGGCUGGUAAUGCAGAAUGAAAUAAAUGAUGGAGGGGAUAUCAUGAAACUUUUCAAAGAAAAAGGUUUGGUAGUCGUAUUCAACCCCGCGCCAAUGGUUCCAAACAUUACUAGAAAAUUCGAUUUUUCCUGUGUUGACCACUUGAUCCUCAAUCAACACGAGGCGCGCCAAAUCCAUCCUCAACUCUCUGAUAAUGUUACCGGAAAAGAGACUGACGACAUUUCCGACUUGCGCGUGGUGAUUGAUGACAUUUCUGCGGCUUUUCCUCAUAUCACUACGAUAAUAAUAACACUCGGUCGACACGGUGUGCUUGCUAAAUUCAAAGGAGACGACGACGUGUUUCAAUGGGAUGCAGUAAAGUCUGUAGUUAAGGAUACAACCGCUGCCGGUGAUUGCUUUACUGGUUAUUAUGUGGCUGGUCUGAUACGUGGGUGUUCUAUCGAUGAACCCGUAAGCGGAGAGAGAAUGAAAAAUGCAAUCAAGGUAGCCACUGUUGCCAGUGGGAUUGCUGUGACUAAAGAGGGUGCAAUGGAUAGUAUUCCAACUAUGAAAGAGGUUGAAGCACGACGAAUGGAACUAAAAUUGAUUUGA